UCGGGGACGUACAGGAGGCGCAAAUACACACUUGUCAAACUAGCAAUGGAAGAAUGGAACUCUCCCCAACUUCUAUACGAACUCGCGGCCGACAUUGUAGAAAGAAGAUUCAACAAUAUGCACCCCGAACCACCACAUAUAAUUGAAGCUUCAGCACACGACGAUGCUAAUUGUGAUGACUGCGCUUUUCAGCGUGAAGAACCACUCUCAAAGAUCUUGUUCGAUGACAGACAAGAAAAAGUACUUCCCAGUAUAAUAACAUUUGCAGUGUCCGCACCAGCUUCACGGCCGAGGCGAACGACUAUUCCGCCCGUCACAAACAACCUUCAAGUGGAUAAGACGUUACCUACAGUUCCAAAGACAAUCCCUCGAGUCACAUCACAGAGUAAACUACAGCGCGAAUCAAUAAAUUCAAUCGUCGAAGACACUGCCGGCGUUGACUUUUUACUUCUAUUUGACCAUAAUGAAACUUACGGGAAUUAUCAUAAUCGAAGACUACGACAAAUCUCACAAAUACGCAAAUUGCCACAAGCAAAUAAGUCUCCUGCAACUAAUCUCACAAAUACGCAAAUUAAUACAAACAAAUCCUUUUCGCUGACAAUAAAACAAAAAAAAACGACUCAAACAACGAUUGACAGAUUUAAUUUCGGCUCACAGCUCCAUGCUAUGGUGAUUAUGAUGAAGACUCAAAUUGCGGCCGAUAACGAAUAUUCACCGGGUGCAACAUUGUGA